AUGCGUGUAUUAGGACUUACGCUUAAAAUUCUAACAAGCUGCGGUUGUUGGAUUCCGGAUUCCUGGACAUCUCCUUAUAAACGUGUACUAUAUUACGCAUAUACAGGUUUCAUAUUUGUAUUAAUAAAUACGUUUACAUUAUCACAAUUUUUGGAUUUGGUUCUGAUCGUGGACAAUGCAGAUGAAUUUACCGAUAAUUUUUAUAUAUUGAUUGCCAUGAUGAUUUCCUGUUCUAAAAUGUUUAGUCUAUUGAUAAAUCGUAAUAAUAUCGCAUUACUAAUAGAAAUUCUUAGGAAGAAAUCAUGUAAACCACUUGAAUUAGACGAGUUAGAAAUUCGACAAAAAUUUGAUAAAAUUAUUGAAUAUUUGAUUGACUUUAGAUUUGCACUUUUGGUGAAUGAAAAGUUUAGAUUGAUUAUUACCUUACAAUUUAUUGUAAGCACAUUAGUGGUGUGCGUUAUUCUGUACCAACUGACCAAAACAGAUGCAAAUAUCAUCCAAUUAGGCUUGUACAUGUCGUGUAUGCUAAUUCAAAUCUUUUUGUACUGUUGGUACGGGAAUGAAGUCAGACUAAAGGUAUGUUAUCUGAAUUUAUUUUGUGUGUGUUCAGUCUACUUGUUUUGUUAUAGAUAAAAACAAUUAAAAAUGUUUGUCAUUAUUUCUUAUGCACAU